CGGCCCGAAGAACCGCCCGCCCCGCGGCCGCUGCCGCUGCCUGGGCCGGGCUAGUCCGCACGUCCGGCGCGACUGAGGCGGGGCGGCGGCGCUGGCUCGGCCCCCGGCGCGCCGGGGACAGUGCCACGCCGGCGGCCACCCGCGAGCGACAUGGGCCGUGGGCUGCCCCUGCUCCUGCUGGCGCUGGCGCUGCUGGCGGCCCCGGCGCGGGCCGAGGGCGGCACGGCGGCGGCGGAGGAGGUUCAGAUAGAGGUGCUUCACCUCCCCGAGGCCUGCAGCCCGAAGAGCAAGAAGGGCGACCUGUUGAACGCGCACUAUGACGGGUUCCUGGCCAGCGACGGAUCCAAGUUUUACUGCAGUCGGACGCAAAAUGAAGGCCAUCCAAAAUGGUUUGUUCUGGGUGUUGGACAAGUCAUAAAAGGCUUAGAUAUUGCUAUGAUGAAUAUGUGUCCUGGAGAAAAACGGAAAGUGACAAUUCCUCCAUCAUUAGCAUACGGACAGCAAGGAUACGCACAGGGCAAGAUUCCACCCAAUGCAACAUUGGUCUUUGAGAUUGAGCUUUAUGCAGUAAAUAAGGGACCUCGUAGUGUUGAAGCAUUUAAUCAAAUAGACAAGGAUGGUGACAAGAAACUCUCUGAACUUGAGAUAAGCCAGUAUUUGAAAGAAGAAUUUGCAAGAGAUGGCAAAAAACGUCAUCCCUCUGCCCAUGAUGAAAUCUUAGCUGAUAUAUUUAAGAAGAAUGACCACGAUGGAGAUGGCUUCAUAUCGGCAAAGGAGUACAAUGUCUACCAGCACGACGAACUCUAAGUACUUAAAAAUAUUUGGCUGUUUUCUGGACACUGAAUUCUAAAUAAUAAUACUUUUUCAUGGAAUUUUUGUAUUUUUUUUAUAGUGGGAUCUUUUUAUAUCUCUUAAAGUGACUUUAAAAAUCUUAUUUUUAACAUUCAGCUAAUAAAAUGUGUCAGAUCUUUCAAAAGAAAGAAAUAAAAUUGAAGUACACCAUG